AUGAGCAUGGACGAUGGACAUGACUACGUCGAGCGCGGCCCCCCAACGGGGACUUCUACACGUACGGGGCAGUGGCGCGGCGGCGCGCCACACGGCGCCGGGAAGUUCCUGUGGACGGAUGGGUGCAUGUACGAGGGGGAGUGGCGGCACGGCAAGGCCACGGGCCGGGGCAAGUUCUCCUGGCCGUCGGGCGCCACCUACAGGGCGAGUUCAAGGACCUUCAUGGACGGCGACGACACCUACACCGCCGCUGCUGGUGAGGCCUCCUGGUCCAUGAACCUCAAUGACGGCGACGGCAGGAAGAGCUACGCCAACGGCGGCCAAUAUGACGGCGACUGGCGCUCCGGGCUGCAGGAUGGCUAAUACAUCUGGCGCAACGGGACCGAGUAAGGGGAGUGGCGGGCGAGCUCCGUGUCCGGGAUGAGCAAUUGCUCCGGCGGCGUCCGGAAGUACGAAAGAUUUGCAUCUGGGAGUCGGACGGCGACAUCACCUGCGACAUUGUGGACGGGGCCGCCCUGGUGGACGACGCGCGGAGGAGCGUGA